AUGAUUAAUUAUUAUAAAAAUUUUGUACUUUGUGGAGAAAUAGAUUUUCAUUGCUUACUUUGUCAAGAAUCAUUUAAAAAUUUAGAAAGUGUUGAUAAACACCUUAAAUGGGAGAAACAUCGAAAAACAUUGAAAUCUCAAGAAUAUGCUUUUCGAAAAGAAUUCAUUUACAAAGUUAGAAAUGACUAUUACUGUGAAGUUUGCAAUGAACUUUCGAUCAACGCUUCAAAACACAAAGAAAAGGAUUCUCACAAAAAGAACAAGAAAAAUCCAGAGGGUGCUAUAAAGAAGAAACCCUUGGUUAUAACAAGAAUUUCGGAUGACACGUUUUCUAUUGAACAAUUGAAAGUAAACAUUUUACAGUGGCAUGGAAUUAAAAAUGAUUAUUGCACACUGUGCAAAAGAGCUGUUCGCAAUGUGUCCAUACACAUUACUCUGAAUGUUCAUAUAAUUAAUCUGAUCGGAUUCAACAACAAGGCGGAAUGUUUAGAAUGUAAAGAAAUAGUGAGAGCUACUCUCGAAGUUAUGCUCAAACAUAGAAAUAAGCAUACUUCCAAUGAAAACGUGGAUUCAGAUAGCAGUAAAGAAUCAUACGAAGUUAAGUUUUGUGAAGUUGUGGAUCAUGGGAAAAGAAGACAUGAACUCGCAAAGUAUGGGAAAUCGAACUUUAUAACGUUGAAUCGGGGAGGAAGCUGGGGAUAUUGCACACUCUGCGAUGUACAUAUCUCAGCACAUAUGAAACAAGCCAUUGAUCAUGUCCAAGGACUGCGCCACAGAGCAUUUCUGGAGUAUAUAGGCGUCAGAAAGUCGAAACAUCACGAGGAACCUCCCCCAAACAAAGUGAAAAUGGUGUCUUAUCUGCCACACAUCUACAGAGUUGAAUACAAUAGAACGUAUUAUAUUAAAGAUCACCUCCCUGUGAAUGAUUUAAGUUUUAUGCUUAUGAAAGAAAUAGGGAAGAAAGCAACGAAAGUAAAAUGUUUUGUUUGCGAAACCACAUUAGAUCGGGAUGCUGCUACGGAACAUUAUAAAACAAAAACCCAUAUUGAGAAAGUUUUGGCGUGUUACGUAUUUCAAUCUGAAGAAGGGAUGGAAUUCAUUCGCCUGAUCCGUCCAGACCUGUAUCACUGUGGCAUAUGCAACAGAGCUCUUGCAUAUUGGGAAUCAGUAAGAAGCCACGUAAGAACGUUGCCCCAUACCUUCAACAAGAGCCAAAGAGUCCUCCAUUGUGCGGAAGCCCGUCAAUUGCGGCAGAAAUAUGGCGUCCGGACUAAAUAUGAAAACAUCACUUUUCAACUGAAAAGGCUGGGUUUACUGUAAACAU